AUAUAUGAAGUAUUGCCACCACGCUACGCACUUUGCCUCGAGCAGAAGAAGAAGAAGCCUGCCACGGGUGUUUCCUUCAUUGCAACAUCUACGCUCUAUCUACCUUAAAUCCUGCCCGACCAGAACAAACGCUACACAUCAUGGGUGCUCUGAGACUAACGAUAGUUGCCGCCCUCGGGGUCAUGUACGGCGUCAGCUGGCUCCUGGUCGAUGUGCUGUCGCUGCUCGCAUACCCCUACUGCGACCACCCGACGAAAUGCUUCGACUACGAGGAGGAGCUGGCCGCCAGCGUGGACCCCAGCGUGGACCCAUGCGACAACUUCUACGAGCACGUCUGCGGCAACUGGGACAGGCUGCACCCGGUUCCAGAGACGAGCGGUCCUGGUCAGUUACGUGUGCUUCAAAGCCGGGUAUACGGGUUCGUGCUGAACGAGCUCGAGCGGUCGCCUCCCAAGCACCAAGUGAAGGCCGUUCGCAGAAGCGUUUCCGCAUACCAGAGAUGUAUCAACGUUUUUGUGGAGCGGAGAGACGAUACCAAGGUGGUGUUCGAGAUCUUCAAAAAGUUCAACUUCCAAUGGCCUUCCCUGACGCUUCCCAUAAGAUUUGACCUUAUGGAGUACCUGCUCGGCAUGUCGCUAGAAUACAACUUGGCUACUCCCGCUCAGCUAUACCUCGUGCCGUACCUAAAGACCUACAAUCGUUACGGCCUCGGAUUUUCUGUCAGUCAGGAAUUCCAAGGCACGAAGGUCCCGGAAGAAAUAGCCGAAUGCAUCACCCUGGUGGCGCCGUCGGCGAAAGGUGAUUUGGCCAUUGCGCUCGCUGAGCGAAUCCUCGCCGUUCUCCGCGACCUGAGCACGUCCGUAGGCGCACUGCUUUCAAGCCUACAGGAGUUGAUCGUCUACUCCACCAUCAAAGAACUGGCCAGUGAGACCGGCGGGCCUGGCAUGAUAGCUGCCUGGCUGAAAGUCAUCAACGACCACCUGCCGCAUGAUCGGGCUGUCGACGAGACGGAAGAGGUCCUAACGUCCGGCAGCAGUGGCUUGCUUCUCAAAAUGAUCCUGGACAAUGGCAAGCGGUCACGGUAUGCGGAUAUUGUGCUCUACGCUGGCUGGCAGAUUCUCGUUGGUCUGCGUUCCGCGGUGUCGCCUUUGCUGGUGGAGUGCCUGGCGGCCAACGACCUUCAAGCCCAGCUGGACUCCGGAUUAGAAUGCCUGAAAUCCACGAGCCAGGUUGCCCAAUUCGCCUUUGUUCGGUGGUUCGUGGACCGCUUGGAGCUGCAGCCAAAUGUGAAUGUGACGAAGAGCACGUGGAACGCAGUGAGGUUGGCCACCCGCGAGAACUUCGCCAAGCUAUCGUGGAUGGAUCCAUCAACAGCCAAAGGCGCCGUCGAGCAUGUUGACAGCAUGCUAAGCGUCGUGGCCUUACCGGAACACCUACAAACUAACGAAGCACUCGAGGAUUUCUACGAUUACCUGGAACCGGACGAGUCGCAGCCGUUUAUUAGUUGGCUCAUCAAGACUAAGCUUCGGCGCCUCGAACAGCAGAAACGCCUUCUUAAGGUAGACCCCACGGUGACGAUUCACCGCGAUGACUAUGAGUACGAGUCAUUCGAUUUGAACGCCUUCUACCAUUCGCUCUUCCACAUCAUGGUCAUUCAGCCAGCGUUGAUAGCGCCUCCAGUGGUUUCUGAGGCGGUGCCAGAGGCAGUGAAUUACGGUGCCAUCGGAAAAGUCUUGGGACAUGAACUGACGCACGCCUUCGACCCUAAAAUCGGGAGCUCGACUGGAGUCAUCGGCGACCACAUCAAGUGGUGGACGAUUCAGUCGUUGAUCAACUUCGUCUUUCGGCUAGACUGCCUGAGACGGCAGCUGAAGAAUUACACUGCGGACGAAGUAUACAGCAAAAACUCUCUCUCGGAAGCAUUCGCCGACACAGCGGGAACCGAAAAGGCCCGGCUCGCGUUCGCCUCCCUGCCGGCAAAGAAGGGCCUUCUGGAAUACACACAGGAACAAUCGUUCUUUAUCGCCGGCUGCUUCGAGUUCUGCGGGGACAGUGCGUACGCUUGGGACGAGGACAGAAAGUACCCGCCCGUGGUGUUACGGUGCAACCUGCCUGCUGCGAACGAAAAGCGGUUCGCCGCCGCGUUCAAUUGCCCCGGUGAUACGGCGCUCAAUCCUAAACAACGGUGCGCGUUCCACUCACUAGAAGGGGACCAACCGCGUGACAACAGCGACGUGGUGGUAACGUGAAAUAUGGCGGACUAUUUGUGACUUUACGCAUUAUUCUUCUUCUUUCAUUUGAAAUUUUUCUUCUAUACAACAAGUGCAAAUGUCGCAUACAUUUGAUCGUCGUGUUUUUCUGGUAUGAAGUCAAAUUAAAAUA